AUGGCAAAUAAGUUAUGUUUUGAAGCAUUAGAUAAAACGUUGAGAGAUAUCCUGCGAGUCAGGUAUGAAAAUAGCCCUGACAAACCUUUUGGAGGCCUUACAGUUGUAUGCGGUGGUGAUUUUCGCCAAAUAUUACUUGUUAUUCCAAAGGGUACCCAAGCUGAUAUUGUUGAUGCAUCACUAAACUCAUCUUAUUUGUGGCCAUUUUUCACAAUAUACGAAUUGAAGCAAAAUAUGAGACUAUGCAAUGGAAAAGUAAGUGAUUACGAGGCUGAUCAAAUUGCUACUUUUGACAAAUGGUUGCUACAGGUUGGAAAUGGAUCAUUUUACGAUGAUAUUAACAAGGAGCUCAUCAAAUUGCCUUAUGAUGUAUGCAUGAAAUCAUCUAACGACCCAAUCGGAUCGAUUGUUGAGGCAGUUUAUCCAUCUCUCCUACAAAAUUACAGUGACCCAACAUAUCUGAAAGAAAGAGCAAUACUAACGCCAAAAAAUGAUAUGGUACAUGAGUUGAACGAUAGAAUUAUGAAAAUGAUACCAGGUGAAGGAAGAACAUAUUUCAGCUCUGACAAUGUAUGCAAAGCGAGCGUGAACACUAACGAUGAAGAACUGUUGUACCCAACCGAAUUUCUAAAUAGCUUAACAUUCCCUGACAUCCCUAAUCAUGACAUACACUUAAAAGUAGGUACCCCAGUUAUGCUUCUCAGAAAUCUAAACCAAACAGAAGGCCUAUGCAAUGGAACAAGAUUAAUUGUCAGGCAUCUUGGAAAUUGGUCUGUCAGCGCAAACAUCAUGUCCGGAAAGAACAUCGNAUCUGAAAGAAAGAGCAAUACUAACGCCAAAAAAUGA